AAUCUGACAGCUCAGUUUGUCUUCAUUGUCAAACACGCAGCGGCACGUGGGAUUGUUUUUUUGAGAAUUUUCCGGGUGAAACGUGCUGAAAAAUGGGUAGAAAAGUGUCCUUUAGGGAGAAACAGCCAGCUGGUCCCGGAAGAAAGGCGAAGAAGCAGGGCGAUCCCGAGUUCUCGAAAGCAUUUCUUGGAGCCAAUGAUGGACCCAAAAAAGUCUCCCACAAGCAGAGGAAGAGAGCAGCAAAGCGUUUGCAGAAGGAGCAAAAGUUCCAGGGAAAGAAGGAGAAGGUUAAGGCGAAAUUGAAGGAGAAGAAGAUGCAAUUGCUGGGCGAUUCCUCGGAUGAGGAAGAGAAUCCAAAAGCGCUGAAUGGCAAGAAGAAGCCAAAUUUUGUGUCUCUGAAGCCGCCAUCGUCUGAUCCAGAGUCUGAGGAUGAGAUGGACAGUGAUGAGAAUGAAGAUGCUGUGAAGAUUGGAAAUUUGGACGAUGUUUCAGGGGAUUCAGACUCUGAGAGAGAUGACUUUGAUGGUGACGACGAUGAGGAUCUGCUGCCAAUUGAGAAGGCUACCAAGAAACUCAAGAAGAAGGCAAAGGAGGACAAGAAACUCGCUGAGGAGGAGUUGAAGCUGAACAUUGCUGAUCAGGAGAUGGAUUUUCAGCUUCCCGAAGAGGGAGCCGAAGAGGCAAAGUCACUGGAUGAGGUUCAGGCGAGGAUAAAGGACAUCAUUCGCGUGCUGGCAAACUUCAAGACACACAGACAAGAGGGAAAGUCCCGGCAGGAUUAUCUGGAUGUGUUGAAGCGAGAUUUGUGUCUGUAUUACAGCUACAAUGACUUUCUCAUGUCCACACUCAUGAACACUUUUCCCAUGGCGGAACUGGUGGAGUUCCUGGAAGCCUCAGAAACGGAACGACCGCUGACCAUUAGGACGAACAACCUGAAGACGCGCAGGAGGGAUUUGGCGACGAAGUUGAUUGAUCGGGGAGUUAAUCUCGAUCCCAUCGGGCCUUGGUCGAAGGUGGGACUCGUUAUCUACUCCGCCCAAGUGCCCUUGGGCGCAACACCAGAGUACCUGGCUGGUCACUACACUAUUCAGGGCGCUUCGAGUAUGUUGCCCGUGAUGGCUUUGGCGCCACAGGAGAAUGAGAGGAUCCUGGACAUGUGCGCCGCUCCCGGUGGCAAAAGUUCCCACAUAGCCUCAUUGAUGAAGAACACAGGUGUUCUGGUGGCCAACGAUGCCAACAGUGAGCGCAUAAAGGCAGUGAUUGGAAACUUCCACCGUCUCGGCGUGGUGAAUGCCAUCGUGAGUUGUGAAGAUGGGAUAAAGUUUCCCAAGAUCAUGACUGGAUUUGACAGAGUGCUGCUGGACGCUCCGUGCACGGGAACUGGUGUGAUUGCGAAGGAUGCCAGCGUGAAGGCAUCGAAGUCCGAAGUGGAUGUGCAGCGAUGCUACAACGUCCAGCGAAAGCUCAUUCUCAGCGCCAUUGAUUGCCUCAGUGCGAAAUCCUCAAGCGGAGGCUAUCUUGUCUAUUCCACGUGUUCCAUUCUGCCUGAGGAGAACGAGUGGGUGAUUGACUACGCGCUGAAAAAGAGGAAUGUGAAGCUGGUGCCGACAGGACUGGAUUUCGGGGUGGAGGGAUUUGUAAACUAUCGCCAGCACAGAUUUCAUCCCUCCUUGAACCUCACGAGGCGCUACUAUCCGCACACCCACAACAUGGAUGGCUUUUUCGUGGCGAAAUUGAAGAAGUUCUCAGACACGCUUCCUUCUGCUGCGGAUAGCACUGAAGUGGACGAGGAGCCCUUUGAGAAUACCCUGUCAAAGGAGGAUAGAAAAGAGUUGGAGAGACAGACAAAGAAGGACACUUUCGAUGGGAAACAUGCCAAGAAAGUCAAGAAGAAGGAAAAGAAGCACAUCGUGAAAGACUUCAGCAAGGCAAAUGGCAAACCUAAAAGCUUCAAUGUUGCAAAAGCCGAAGUCAAAGAUGUGAAAACAUCCAGCAAAGGAGAUGAAAAAGUGGCUCAGAAGCUAGGAAAGGCGCUGAAGAAGGGCCAGGAGAAGAACAAGGCGGCCUUCAAGAGAGAUCAGAUGAAAUCGUUCAAGGGCCAGAAAAAGGGAUUCCCCACCCGGGAAAAGCAGAAGGGCAGAAAAUUUUGAAUUUGAUAAUAAAUUGUUGAAUGAAACGAA